UUCGAAAAUGCUAGCAAUCACGAACAUUCUGGCCUUUGGGAUCAAAUAUCUCUACAAAUUAGUAACACUAAUCCCAUACAAGUCUCUGGAAGACAAUGUCAGAUUAAGUGGAACGCGUUAGUUCGUGGGUAUAAAAAUAUAAGAAGAAUCAGGAUAGAAAAUCCUGAAGGACUUCCAUUAAGAAGUCCUAAUAGAUACGAUAUAGAGUUUUAUGAGAUGAUGGAAGAGGAAUUUUGGUUGCCUCAAA